UCCGAUGGAACUGUUCUAGUUCUUUUGGCACAUCUCUACAGCGGAUAAUGUAAAUUUUGAACAGGUUCUAUUAACAGUUUUGAUAGAUUAACAUAAUGAGUAUAUCAAGCAAUUCUAUUAUUUCAGAAGCAGAUGCUAAGCGAGCUGAAUCAGUAAAGGAGGAAGCUAACGUUUAUUUCAAAAAGGGAGACUUCAAUAAAGCAAUAGAACUGUAUUCUGCUGCCAUAGAAGUUAAUCCCAAUGUUGCUGUGUAUUAUGGCAACCGAAGCAUAGCUUACCUGAAAACUGAGUGCUACGGCUAUGCGUUAAGUGAUGCAACCAAAGCUAUAGACAUUGACAAGAAUUACAUUAAGGGUUAUUAUAGGAGAGCAGCGGCACAUAUGUGUCUCGGAAAAUUCAAACAGGCCCUAAGAGAUUUCGAAGCUGUUGUAAAGGCAAGGCCACAGGACACUGAUGCUAGGUUAAAGUUUCAAGAAUGCAGAAAAAUAGUCAAAAAAUUGGCUUUUGAAAAAGCAAUUGCUGUUGAUGAUACAAAAAAAUCAAUAGCAGACUCCAUAGACUUUGAAAGCAUGGCUAUCGAAGAUGAGUACAACGGACCUGCUUUAGAAGAUGGAAAAGUAACGUUAAAAUUUAUGACUGAUCUAUUAGAAACAUACAAAAAUCAAGGAAAAUUACAUAGGAAAUAUGCCUACAAGAUCCUGCUGGAUGUGAAACAGCUGUUCAUGAGUCUGCCGUCAUUGGUGGAGGUGGUAAUCGGCGAUAAUGACAAAUUCACGGUCUGCGGUGACAUUCAUGGACAGUUCUACGAUUUGAUGAAUAUUUUUGAUCUCAACGGUCUGCCGUCAGAAACAAACCCCUAUCUUUUUAAUGGAGACUUCGUUGACAGAGGUUCUUUUUCUGUGGAAUGUAUCUUUGUUCUGUUCGGAUUCAAGCUUUUGUAUCCAGAUACAUUUUAUAUGGCAAGAGGAAACCAUGAAAGUCAGACAAUGAACCAGAUGUAUGGGUUUGAAGGCGAAGUGAAAGCCAAGUACACCUCGCAGAUGGCUGAAUUGUUCACAGAGGUGUACAACUGGUUGCCCCUCACACACUGUCUCAACAACAGGGUUCUGGUAAUGCAUGGUGGCCUAUUCUCUAAAGACGGAGUAACACUGGAUGAUCUUCGUAAAAUUGACAGGAACAGGCAACCUCCUGAAGAAGGACUGAUGUGUGAGUUGCUGUGGUCGGAUCCGCAGCCUACGUAUGGACGUGCUACCAGCAAAAGAGGGGUGGGUGUUCAGUUCGGUCCUGAUGUCACAAGUAACUUCCUCAAGACCAACAAACUUGACUACAUCAUACGCAGUCAUGAAGUCAAGAACGAUGGUUACGAGGUCGCUCAUGAUGGAAAGUGCAUCACUGUUUUCUCAGCUCCUAACUACUGUGAUUCCAUGGGCAACAAGGGAGCAUUUAUCACAUUGAAAGGCAAGGAUAUGAAGCCGCAAUUCACAACUUUUGAAGCCGUGCCUCAUCCUAAUGUAAAGCCCAUGGCGUACGCUAACGCAUUACUUAAUCUACCAUUCUUAAUGUGAUAGUGGUACAUGAACUUGUACAUUGUUGUUACCAAUAGUUCAAUUUUCAGUGACAGUUUUAGUUUUCAUCAUAUUUUGUUCAUAUGUUCAACACAGGUGGUUAAAAACUAAAUUAGAUUGAGUAAUCUUCCAAUUGUUUCUUUAUUUAUUUUUGUACUGAGUACAAACAAGUUUCUUGUUAAGUUAAUGGUGUAAAAGACUAAUAUACGUUCAGUAUAAAAGUCUUGAAAAAUACAUAAAUUGGCAAUUGUUCACCUUUUUGUAUCUCUUUAAUCGGAAUGCCAGCUUGUUAUUUUAUCAUAAUAUAUUAGUCUAUUAAAUUUUAUAUAAAAACAAAAUAAAAUUGUAAAAACAUUGUAGCAGUAAUCACAGCUAGAACAAAUGUUUUGUACACUUAAAAGUGAAGUUUUAAUUACAGAAAACGAAUAAAGAGCAUACUGUUUUAGUCCUAUA